UAGGCUUUAACUUUUAGCGUCCGAACGUAAAUUAUUGCCUUACGGUACCUAUGGAAAGUAAGGUGGUGUAGACCGUAAGGUAGUGAAUUACGUUAAACAAAGUUAUCCUCAACAAACUUUUCUCUCGCACAGGAUUUCUCUCGCAUAGGAAUAUACCCAGGUAGAGACAAUGGCGUCGCCUGACCAGUCUAGUCCCCCUACUUCCAUAGCUUCAUAUGAGGAGCCGCCGCCGACCAUCCAAUUUACAAACAUCGAAGCGCUCUGCCAGACAAUCGAGGAGGUCUCUGGGGAUUUUCUAGUUGUUCAAAAUGUUUCUCCUACCGAUUUCGAGGAGAUCAAUUGCCAAGAACCCCGACGAUUUCGUCUACGCCGUUACCAUGCUGACAAAGAGAUUCUAAUUAUCACAAUCCCUAAUGAUUUGCAUGAAGCACUCCACAUCGGGAUCUACCGGAGAUAUGAUUAUCAACUUGGGCCAGGAGGGAUAGAGAGCUGGAGAUCGAUUGGGAGUACUAUCCUUCGACCCAGAGGUCACCCCGGAGGCGAUGGUGGUGAAGCUGAUUCAUGUGGUGGCCCAAAGCCAGCACGUAAGCACAAGGGUGCUUGGCCAACCCUAGCCAUCGAAGCUGGGGAUUCUGAGUCCCUGGCUGCCCUACGAGAUGACAUGAGAUGGUGGUUUUCCGCAUCAGACCAUCAGGUUAAUAUUGUCCUUCUUGCCAAGUUUGAUCACUCUAAUCAGCGGAUUAUUAUCGAGAGAUGGGAAGAAGAAAUACAGAUCCUCCCUGGUGCUACAACAAGCAGACAAGCAGCUUCUAACGCCGUUCAACCUGUAUUACGGCAGAGCAUUAUCAUUACGCGGGAUGCAGCUACCGAUUCAUACCAUGUCGCUAGAAGCGCAUUGGUGCUUUCGUUCCGGCUUCUCUUUCUACGAGAUCCAGGUCCACGGGAAGGAGAUUUCACCAUAAGUAUCCCAGAUUUGCAGGCUUACGCACGAGAUGCCUGGGAGGUUAUUUGAUACUAAAUAAAUAGGUCCGUAGGUAGCCAAUUAGAAAUCGGAACCCUCGACAUAGACACGGGGAUUACAAUCCGUAUA